AUGCGUGAGAUUCGAUGCCUACAUGCCGAUCAGUACAGGACGAGGACAGGCAUGAGAGAGGACAUUAUACGGUUGGCAUGGUUGAUUGUACUCAUGCGCACUCGAGAGGGGAGCCAAGUCUCGUACGAAUGGAAUUAUCGUCAGCCUUCAAGCUCAGAUUUUCCGGAACAUGAGGUCGAUGGUGCUCAGCUUAUCAAGGGGCUCGAUGAAAGCGUCGAAACUGUUUCGAAGAGAAUAUGGCAGACUUCUGCGCCAACGAUGUCGAGCGACCUAGACGUCCUGACUGAGCCAGAUUCAAUGAUUCUGAGCACUAGCGUAUUGUUCAAACAAGCUGAUGAGCCAGAGGGCGUACUCCAGGUGGAAGUGUCGUACAAUCAAGAUUCCCCAGAGAGAGGUCGCAUCAUGGUCAAACCUGUAUUGCGGAGCCGGGAUAUGCUAGACAACGAAGUAUCACGAUACAUAAGGUCUCUCGUGGACACUGUGGAGAUCUGUCUUACGAAUGACCAGGCCACCAUCCAAGAAUGUCUAGCACUAACACCAAGUGAUUUCGAGGAAAUAUGGGGAUACAACCACGUACUGCCUCCCACCUACGACUUUUGCAUGCAAGACAUGGUUUCUGAGCGCGCCCAGCAAUUCCCAGAUAAGGUAGCCGUCGACUCCUGGGACGGUACCUUGACCUUUGGAGAAAUCGAACAACAUUCGACUUCAAUGGCUCAGACUCUGGUCUUAGAGGGUGUGCGACCGUAUGAUAUCGUUCCAUUGUGUUUCGAGAAGUCGCGAUGGGCGAUUGUUGCGGUGUUAGCAACCAUGAAGGCAGGAGCAACCUUUGCAAUGAUGGAUCCGUCACUCCCGCUUGCCCGACUGCAAAACAUGGCUGUUCAGAUUGGCGCCAAAGUCAUUGUUUCUUCCCGCAUUCAGCAUGACUUUGCAAAAACAAUUUUGCCAGAAGGAAAACACUUCGUUGUCGAAGAUGUUGCUUUCAAAAACACGACUUCUGGAAAGUCGGUCAAACUCCCAUCUGUCGACCCCGACACCCUAAUGUAUAUUAUUUUCACAUCAGGAAGUACCGGUACGCCGAAAGGUGUUACGAUCUCUCACAAGACAUACACCAGCAGUGCUAUCCCUCGAGCGAAGGCAGUGGGCUACACUGAGAAGUCAAGAGUCCUCGACUUCGCAUCUUAUGCUUUCGAUGUCAGCAUUGACAGCAUGUUCUUGACUGUGGGCAACGGCGGUUGUCUCUGCAUUCCCUCUGAUGAAGACCGUCUGAACGACAUUAACGGUGUGAUCAGAGAUAUGAAGAUCAACUACGCGGGCAUCACACCUUCUAUGGCUCGAAUUCUGGAUUCGGAUGUCAUAAAAUCGCUUGAUGUUCUAGGCCUUGGUGGAGAAGCAGCAUCUGCCAGAGAUGUCAAUUUCUGGGGACAAGACACUAGGAUCGUUAUUGGAUAUGGUCCAUGCGAGUGUACGAUCGGAUGCACAAUCAACAGCGACACUGCCACAGGUAGAGACUAUAUAUCGAUUGGCACUGGAAAUGGAGCUUGUAUGUGGAUCGUCAAUCCCGACGAUCAUGAGCAGUUGAUGCCAGCUGGAGCUGUUGGCGAGCUGCUUGUCGAAGGGCCAAUCGUCGGACAGGGCUAUCUCAAUGAUCCUGAGAAGACAGCAAGUGUCUUCAUCAAUGAUCCCGGUUGGCUCGUCAAAGGUCAUAAGAGUUACGCCGGGCGUGGCGGUCGACUCUAUAAGACUGGAGAUCUGGGAAAAUACGACCCUGAUGGCUCCGGUGGUAUCAUCUUCGCUGGUCGAAAGGAUACCCAAGUCAAGCUUCGCGGUCAACGUGUCGAAUUGGGCGAGAUUGAGAGUCAACUUGGGGCCAGGCUACCCUCUGGCACUACGGUGAUCGCCGAAGUCGUUGUACCUCAGGGAUCAGGAGGUCAAGCCACCUUGGUAGCCUUUGUCGCCCCUGUCGCCUCGAAAGGACAUGGACAGACUGAUAUCAGCUCGAUUCAACUCCCAGACGAGUUUCGUGAUGCACUUUCUAAGGCCGAUGCAGAGGUUAAGAAGGUGCUUCCUCGUUACAUGGUGCCCACAUCAUAUAUCCCAGUCAACCAUAUCCCAGUAUUGAUCUCUGGUAAGACCGACCGCAAGCAAUUAAAGGCUUUCGGCGCCACUGUAGAUCUGAGAGACCUGGAUCAAGGCUCUGCUGAUGCAGGUCGCGAGCUCAGCGACUUGGAAAGACGUCUUCAACAGGCAUGGGGUCAGGUGUUGAACCUGGAUGCUUCAGGCAUUCGUCUCGAGGAUAAUUUCUUUGCUCUCGGUGGCGACUCGCUGGCUGCGAUGAGGCUGGUGUCAAGUUGUAGAGCACAAGGGCUUAUUCUGUCCGUCAUCGACACUUUUGGUAAUCCCAACCUCUCCGCCAUGGCUAGCGUUGUCAGAACCGGCGACGCUGAAGUGAAGAAGGAAAUUUUGCCAUUUUCUACUAUCACGCGUUCUGUCGAGGAAGCCCGUCUCGAAGCAUCACAAGUCUGCAGGACUGGUGUUAAGAGUGUCGAGGAUAUCUAUCCCUGCACUCCUACACAAGAGUCUCUUUUCACUUUCUCCCUCAAGUCCGUUGAGCUAUAUCUCGCACAAAGAGUUGCUGUCAUACCUCAAGGCAUGGAUGUCAACGCAUUAAAACAGGCUUGGGAGAAGGUUGUGACUGCGAAUCCUAUUCUACGCACUCGUGCUGCACAGUUACAGGAACCUGGGCUACAGCAAGUAGUGCUCAAAGAAGGUAUUUCGUGGAGACACGCAACUAAUCUCACUCAAUACCUCGAGAGCGACAAAAACGAGAGAAUGGAUCUUGGUGAAAACCUUGCUCGCUACGCAAUCAUCGAAUCAGCUGGCGAUGACAAGCGAUACAUGGUCUGGAGUGUUCACCACUUGCUUUAUGAUGGUUGGUCAGAGCCUCUAAUCCUCAAGCAAGUCAGUGAUGCUUUGCAAGAUCAAGCCACUGAGAUUCCAGCACGUAUGAGAGACUUUGUCGAAUAUGUUCGCGAGACUGACGGAAUUGCUAUGGAAGACUUCUGGCGACAAGAGCUGAAGGGUGCUUUUGGACCUCAAUUUCCUCGUAUGCCAUCGAGAGAUUUUGUACCAACCCCCGAUGCUAUGGUCGAGCGAAUCAUUCCUCUCGAGACUGGUGCUGGAUCGCCAUUUACACUGGCAACUUUGAUCCGUGGUGCAUGGGCGCUCGUAGCCUCACAAUACUCUGGAAGUGAUGAUGUCUUGUUUGGCGAGACGCUGACAGGUCGUGACAUCGCACUUGCCGGAGUCGAAAGUAUUGUUGGUCCUUUAAUUGCUACAGUACCCAUUCGCGUCCGUGUCAACAGGGCUAGCACUCUUGAAUCUUUCCUGCAGUCUGUUCAGCAAAGCAUUCUUGCACGUACACCUUAUCAGCACAUGGGAUGGCAGAACAUAAGGAAGGUCAGCCAAGAUGCACAACAUGCUUCAGAGGCACCGACUGGUCUAGUUAUUCAGCCCGAGCCAGAGUACGUUGGCAACGAUCUUGGCUUUCAGCUCGGAGAUGUGGUUCGUGAAGCACUGCAUUUUAAUCCUUACCCUCUGAUGGUUGGUUGUGGCAUCCGGAAAGACGGCUUCAGGGUCUGCGCCAAUUUCGACAGUAGUCUGAUUGAAGUGCCACAGAUGGAGCGUAUUCUCGCACAGCUUGAGGUCGCUUGUUCGCAACUGACAAAAGAUCUUACGAGACUUGUCGGCGAUGUCAGCUGUCUUCCAAAAACAGAGUUGGAUCAGAUCUGGCAGUGGAACCGAACUCCUCCCUUGGCUUACGACGAGUCUUCUGGGCGCUUUGGUACAGAUGCCGGCGCAAAACAAGGCUCCAUCUACCCUCUUGCCAUGGUGGCGUGGGUAUGCGACUCUCGCAAUCCUGCCUUCCUGACGCCCGUCGGCUCUGUUGGUGAGCUUUGGCUCGAAGGGAACUGCCUCUUAGGUGACGUUAUUGAAUCGCCAGCUUGGCUGCUUGCUGGAAGCUCCUCUUAUCCCGGUCGAACCGGAAAGGUCCAAGCUACGGGUGAUCUGGUCGAGUUGCGUGCUGAUGGAAGGCUGAUGUUCGUUGCGCGCAAGGACAAUUUCCUGCCUAUUCAGGGCCACGCAGUCGACUUUGCUGACCUCGAAGCACAUGUCGCGAGAUACCUACCGCCGGCUACCCGCGGCGCUACAGCAGUCAGAGAAUCUUCAACAGACGAUAACCAGGAGAUCGUGGUCUUCAUCGACCAACGGCCCUCGCUCGAAGACAGCGUCAACGUUCUGUCCGGAGACCAUCAAGUCGAGGGAAUGCAGACGGUCAUCCGUGCUAGCAUUCCAGUUGAGCUUGCUUUCGCACUGAAGAAGCUUGACAAAUACAUUCACGACUCGUUGCCUUCUUACGUCGCACCAUCCGCAUACAUCGUGGUUGAUAACCUGCCUACCAAUAAGGCAGGCCAGAUUGACCAUGAUGCGCUCAACAGGCUGGCUUCCAACACCUCCUCAGACAUUCUCGCUCAGCUACGUGAAGGGCUUGAGAUGGCAUGGUCGGCCAGUACAGCUCAUACCAAGUUAACAGUACCAGAAACCAUCCUUAGAACUGCCUGGGCCAAGAUAUUGCGUAUUGACGCAGAAAAAAUUGACGUCGAUGACAACUUCUUCCGCCUCGGGGGCGAUUCUGUUUUGGCAAUGAAGCUAGUUUCUAGCCUCCGCUCUCGAGGACAUGCUCUAUCGGUAGCUGACAUCUUUCGACACAUGCGUCUUAGUGACGCAGCCAAGGUGAUGAAGCUGGACGCUGUGGAGAAGGCGAAGAAACAGACACAGCUCUACAAACCAUUUUCCACACUCGGCAUGUCAGAUGUUGAGAAAUUCUUGUCCGAUGCUGUCAAGCCCAAGCUUGCAAACUCGAGCUGGAUCGUUCGCGAUGUUCUGCCUGUGACCGAUACACAGGCACUUGACAUCAAGCAGACUAUCUCACCUCCACGAACAUCGCUUCAAUAUUCCACCAUGAUCUUCGAUCAGGGUAUGAACAGCGAGAAGUUGUUCGAUGCCUGUAAGCAGCUUGUUCAGACACAAGAAAUUCUGCGCACGGUAUUCAUUGAGCAUGACUCAAUCUUCUAUCAAGUUGUGCUAGAAGAGUUGGACGAAAUAGUUGUCUGUGAGCAAGUUGAAGGAGAUGUGAAGCAGCAAAUCGAAGCUCUUUGCACUGCAGAUAUCGAGCAAGACUUCCCACUGGGCAGUAGCUUUGCCAAGAUCACACACGUCAGAGCCAAUGAUGGCAAAGAGGCUUUGGUCUUCCGUCUCUCACAUGCACAGUACGAUGGCGUGUCACUGCCCACUCUCCUCACAGACCUUGAGACUCUGUACAAGGGUGGCAAGAUCGUUUCUGAGCCUUUCGCAAACUACAUCUCAGCCACUCUCGAGCCAUCUGCACAGAGCAAAUCCUUAGACUACUGGAAGAAUCUUCUCUCCGGCUCCUCACUGUCAUCCUAUGGCACCUCUACCCGCGAAAACGAAAAAGGCAUAUUCAAAUCCACAGCCGUGGAUAUCGCAGACAAGCCCUCAGACGUAACAACAGCGAGUAUCCUUACAGCAGCAUGGGGAGUAGUCCUCUCUCGCCGCAUCCAGACAAACGACAUCGUCUUUGGCGCCGUGACCUCUGGCCGCAACAUCGCUGUUCCAAACAUCGAAGCUGUAAUGGGUCCUUGCUAUCAAUUUGCUCCUGUCCGUAUCAACCUCACCACAUGUCAAGAUACGAGCACGCUUCUCCGCAACAUAGCCACUCAACUCGCUGAAUCCAGCUCUCACGAUUACAUUGGCUUCUCAAAGAUUGCAGCUGCCGUGGGCUGGGAAGAAGCUACUGGGUUCGGAAGUCUUGUACAUCAUCAAGAUGAUGAAGAUGACGUCGACACAAUGCCUUUUGCAGACGGCGUCUGCAAUGUCGAUCUGCUGAAGCCACAUGGGGAUUCUUGUGUUCCCUUCAAAGUUGUUAGUUUUGUCAAGGGUGGGGAGACACAUGUUGGUGUUGUUGGAAGCGAGAGUGAAGUGGCACUUGUAGACGAUGUGCUUGGGGAGUUGGUGGGAGCUGUUGGGGAGGUUUUGGGUGGUGGGAAGUUGAGUGUUUAG